GUGUGUGUUGGGUUUGUGUGGGAGUUUGGGGGUUUCUUUUCACUCUCUCACUUCACUCACAGCAAUUGUUUCAAAGAUUUUGAUCAGCAAAGAAGCCACAGCUCUUUCUCUCUCUUACCACCAGAGCUGUCCCUCAGUUUAUCAGCAAUGGAGGUUCCUAAGGAUCAAAUUGCUACGCUUAUAGAAAACGGCCUCUACAACUCAGCUCAAAUGCUUGGAUGUUUUCUUGUUUCUUCACCCUCUGCUAAUGCCGAAACCAGUCCCCACCUCAAAGUUGAAAGCUUGGUUCUUCUUGGUGAUUCAUUGUUUCGUGAGAGAGAGUAUCGCCGAGCAAUUCAUACUUACAAGCAAGCAUUGCAAUAUUACAAGAUUGCCAAACAAAAUUCGACAACUUCUAGGAGUUCGUUGUCAUCAAAUAGGUCUUCUUCCCCGAAUUCUUUUAACAUUUCAGCUAUAAAUGAGAAUGAGGUGAAGUUCAAGAUUGCUUCUUGUCAUUGUGCAGUAAGUGAGAACAGACAAGCGCUUGCUGAGAUGGAGCAAAUUUCACAUAAAGCGAGAAAUUUGCAGAUGAAUCUUUUAAUGGGAAAGCUUUACCGACAUUCUAGAAAUCAUCGUUCUGCUGUUACUUGUUAUAAAGAAUGUUUAAGGCAUUGUCCUUAUGUGAUUGAGGCUAUUAUAGCUUUAGCAGAAUUAGGAGUUAAUGCCAAAGACAUCAUAUCAUUGUUUCCACAGACUCCAAUCAGGAGUGGGAGGGCUUCAUAUGAUUAUUUUGACUCAAGUCGAUGGCUUCAACGCUAUGUUGAGGCCCAGUGUUGUAUUGCUUUGAAUGAUUAUAAAGGUGGUUUGGAGCUCUUUACAGAUCUUUUACAACGUUUCCCUAAUAAUAUACACUUGUUACUGGAGAUUGCAAAGGUUGAAGCAAUUAUUGGAAAAAAUGAUGAGGCCAUAAUGAAUUUUGAGAAGGCUCGGUCGAUCGAUCCAUAUGUUGUGACUUACAUGGAUGAGUAUGCUAUGCUUCUGAAGAUAAAGUCUGAUUUUUCAAAGCUGAACAAAUUAGUGCAUGAUUUGCUGAUUACUGAUCCUACAAGGCCAGAAGUUUUUGUGGCUUUAUCAGUGCUGUGGGAAAGGAAAGACGAGAGAGGAGCUUUGUCUUAUGCUGAAAAGAGCAUAAGGAUAGAUGAGAGGCACAUACCAGCUUAUAUAAUGAAGGGUAACCUGUUGUUGGCAAUGAAGAGGGCAGAAACAGCUGUAAUUUCUUUCAGGGUAGCCCAAGAAUUGAGACCUGAUAUUCGUUCAUAUCAAGGUUUGGUUCAUUCGUAUUUGGCUCUCUCUAAAAUCAAAGAAGCACUUUAUGCUGCCAGGGAGGCAAUGAAGGCCAUGCCUCAAUCAGCAAAGGCUCUCAAAUUAGUAGGGGAUGUACAUGCAAGUAACUCUGGUGGCAGGGAGAAGGCAAAAAAGUUCUACGAGUCAGCCCUUAGGCUGGAACCUGGUUACCUUGGAGCUGCAUUAGCUCUGGCUGAGCUCCAUGUUAUUGAAGGCCGAAAUGGAGAUGCUGUAUCUUUGCUUGAGAGAUAUCUCAAGGACUGGGCUGAUGAUUCCCUUCAUGUUAAACUAGCUCAAGUAUUUGCUGCCACAAAUAUGCUGCAAGAGGCAUUGUCACAUUAUCAAGCUGCAUUGAGGAUAAACCCUCAGAAUGAAGCUGCAAAGAAGGGUUUAGAGCGUUUAGAGAAACAGAUGAAGGGGGUAGAUCCAGAUGCACCUGAAGAAGACGAAGAAAAUGAGGUUGAAGAUGGCGAUGGAGACCCCGAGGAAACUGAACUCCUAUAACAAAUAACCAGACAGUGAUAUUUUCAAAGUGUUUCCGAGAUGAGAAAAUGGCACUUGGCAAAGAUACAAUAAGGAAUGCGAUGAAAAGAACUAGUAUGUGGAAUUGCCAUACUCGCCUGCAAACUCAGCACUUGAUCUAAUAUUAUGGAGUUUGCUUUGAUAUCUCUGACCGGUUCAUAGCAGCCUAAUAAGUUAGUGCACGAAGUAGAAGGGAAGCAGGGAAGAUUGUUGCAACUUGUAAGUAACUGCAGGGUGGCAAAUAAUGCGUUCAUGAAGGCGACCUCAAGUAUUUUCCAAUUCUUUCCAAAUUAUUGUUGUAUUUGGUUUAUACAGAUGUAUUUUGUAAUUGUGAAAUAAUAGCAUGUUUUUUUUACCCGUAAAUGAAGAAAAAAUGAUAUUGAAUUCUCUA